AUGACAGGAGUUUGGAGUGAGGGUGAUGUUGUAGAAGUGUUGGAUAACAAAGGUUACUGGAGAGAGUCUAUGAUUAACGAAGUUAUGGAAGAUGGUUUUUAUUUUGUCUGGGUGUUUGAUUCUGCGCGUCACCUUAUAGUGGAGAAGACGAGUGUUCGAGCUCGGCAAGAAUGGAAAGAUAAGAAAGUAGCAGAUCAAUCUGUUCAUGUGCUGUCUAAAUCAUUGAAGAGGUCAUCUCCUGAUUAUGCGUCAGCUGACAAAGCUUAUUCAAAGUCUAAGUGUGUCCAGAAACGAAGAUUAUUAGUAGAUAAGGAGGUGGAUCUUGAUGUUAUUCAUGGUGACGCAUAUUCAUUCACUGGAAAGGUAGAUAAUAAUGUGCAAAUUACUACUGAUAAGAAAACAAUCGGUGAUAGUAAUGGUAAAGGAAAGAGCCGAAAACAUGAGCUAAAUGAUGAUUGUAGUAGUACUGCAUCAUCUGUUGCAAGCUGUAGCAUCACCAGUGCGGCGAUUCCUGAUGAUAGCAGGUUGCUCAGCCAUUCUUCAGCAGGGUGUAGCCAAGAUCAAGAUCAUAGUGUUUCUCUUUCGAGUGAGGCCGAGUCUUAUAGUCUUGAUUUGGGAGAGGAGGAGGAAGUAUCUAGUGAUCAUGAGUUGAAGUUACAUGGUUAUCGUUGUGUUUUGGAAUUAUUAUACAAGUCUGGUCCCUUAAGCUGGCAACAAGAAAUUGAAUUGACAAAGCUCCGUUUGAAGUUAUCAGUUUCAAAUGAUGAACAUCUCGCAGAAUUAAGGAGGUUAAAGUCAAGUAGAAAUCUAGGUUUGAGUUCAGUUACUAAAACUCAUUAG